AUACAAGUUCAUCGAUCAAACUCUUAACAUCCCAAAAUUCAUCACCUACCUCUCUUUAUAUAACAAUCGAACAAACUCUCUAUUAUUUGGAUUGUUGUAUAAUUCAUUUGAUAUGGCUUCGGCAUGUGUAAUGGAUGCCUCGAGUUGUUUAGGUACAAGACUGGUUAAAUGUCUUCUUGAGAGAGGAUAUACUGUUCAUGCAGCUGUUCAAAAUUAUGGCGAAUCGUUGUUCUUGAACAAACUUGAAUGUGAUGAUCACGACAAGAAGAAAUUGAAGAUUUUUCAGUUGGACCUUUUUGAUUAUCAUAGUAUUGUUGAUGCGUUGAAGGGUUGUUCUGCUCUGUUCUAUUCCUUUGAGCCUCCUUCUGAUCAUUCCACUUACGAUGAAUAUAUGGGAGAAGUAGAGGUGAGGGCAGCACAUAAUGUACUGGAAGCAUGUGCACAAACAGACACCAUUGAAAAGGUUGUAUUCACUUCUUCAGCAACUGCAAUUAUUUGGGGACAUGAUCAUCACCAAAACUCUGAAUCCUCUCAUCUUGAUGAAAGACGCUGGAGUGACAUCAAUUUUUGUCGUAAAUUCAAGCUAUGGCAUGCAUUGUCAAAAACACUAGCAGAGAAGACAGCAUGGGCAUUAGCCAUGGACAGAGGAGUCAACAUGGUAUCCAUCAAUGCAGGACUGUUGAUGACUCCUGAUCUAACGGUCACAAAUCCAUAUGUGAAAGGAGCUGCUGAGAUGUACGAAGAUGGAGUUUUUGUGACCGUUGAUCUUGAUUUCUUGGUGGAGGCCCACAUUUGUGUCUAUGAAGAAAUUUCUACUUAUGGACGCUAUUUGUGCUUUAAUCACAUUAUUAACCAGACUGAAGAUGCCGUUAAGCUUGCCAAUAUGUUGUCCCCUCAGCCUUCAUCACCUCAAAGUUCGGAAAAUGAUACAAGGAUAAUUCAACAGAGGAUAAGCAACAAGAAGUUACACAAACUUAUGGUUGAAUGCCAGCCACAGAUCAAUGACCUUCUGGCAAAUCAAGAGGAAUGCUUAUGAAAGUGUCAACAUAAUAUCCAACUUAUUGUCCCUUGGCACUAUGAAUUGAUGCGUGACCUCCAUUCAUAGUUGUCCAAUGUUAUUAAAUUCGACAACAAUAUUCCACCCAAACAAAAGAAAAUAAAGAAGGAAUUAAGCCCAACUAUGGCUUAAUGAGGACAUGUAAACAUGUUGAUGUGCAAAAGUCAACAUUAGUACGUAAAGCAAUAAUUUAAGAGCCCAUGUGACUUUUAGUGGA